AUGGAGGAAGGGCGUUUUCUCUCUGUGUCCAAUUCCACCGUGUUGUUACAGUGGAGUAAUCUGGCCGUGGCUGGGAUCCUCUUUGCUGCCCUGGGCACUUUGGCUUUGGCGAAUUUCGGUCUUCCCGUCUUCGUCUUCAAGAAGCGUCGACGUCGACGAUCCGCAGAUGCAGGCUUACAAGAGGGAAAGCGGGAACGAGAACUGAUGGAAACUUUGUCGGCGUUGGAAGAGGCUUUUGCUCAGUCCCAAGUCUAUUCGCAGGAUUGCCAGGCGAAAUUCAUCUGCCUUGCUCACCUCGACCCUCGACAUUCCGCUGUUUCGGACAUCAUCAGGAAGCUGAAUGGGAAGGAAACGAGGCGGAAGGUGAAAGAAAUGUUGGAAUGGGAAUCCUGGCGAGAUUUCCGCAAAUUCCUGGCAGCUGGCACCUGGGGAAAAAACCAGGGAACCUGUCACAUCUACGACCGAGCUUGAGUGACAGGUGAAGAAGUUAUGGACCUGUCCCGCGAGGGAGACAAGUCUAUAUACGAGCUGGGAUACAAAUGGUCCAAACCAGCUCUGGAAUUCCCUUCCUCACUCCCUCAUUUGGUUGUCACGCUGCCCCGUCUCCAGUCUUAUCUCCCUUCUCACAGUGAUGUCACCCAGCCCGGGACGAUGACGGUGCCAUCGAUCCUGUUGGUGUGGUUUGUGCUCGGGUUGUCCUACGCCCAUCUGGAUCUUUACAUGAUGAAGGAAGAAAGGGAUAGGAUAUUGGCGUCAUAUGCAUCGUCGGCGGAGGGAGGAGGAGAGUCGGAGUGGAAACCAAUAUAUUACAUCCAGAACGGAUUGGUCAACGUUUACCCCCUCCGUUACAAGAUAACCUUGUCGGGUUCCAUCCCCUCCCUACGUUUCACUUGGCACAACACCCGCGCGGAGAUCAGCUCCAUCAAAUACGAAUUGGACGUCCAAGUGGAGAACUCGACCUUUCUGCAGGCCGAGGCAGACAUCCCGGUGUCAGGGUCGGUCCCCGGGGAUCGUCCCCACACCUGGACCGUCUUCCUCCGGUGUGCACCUGGGUUGAGGGAGUCCCACCAAGUGGAUCUCUGGAUCUUUCUCUCCUUCUAUGGACUCCCGCCCGACCCUCGCUUCCCCACUGAAGUUUUUCUGAACUGGACCAAAGUCUGCCUUCAUCCACCUCCCGCUGAAGAGGGAGGAGAGGCGCCGCUCGGACCGGGGGACCCGGCGUUGCUGUCCAGCCCCACGGAGGUCAUCUACAUCGUGAGCGGGGCGGCACUGGGCGUCCUCGUGGUCCUCAUCCUCCUCGCCCUCGCAUGUUACUAUCGGAGGUCGAAGUACAGGCCCGUGUCGCAGCAGGUGCCGCCGCCGCCACCCUUGGUUCCGCCUCCGCCUCCGCCGUCCUCGGUCUCUCCGCAUCCGUAUCUGCUUCCUGGGGGGAGCACCACCGGGUCGUAUGUGAUCAUGGAUCAUCCUCGCAGAGGAAGCAGCAGGGGGACACCCAUCAUAGUGGACCAUGGAUGCAUGGGGAGCAGCAGCGGGACGUGCAGUGGGUCGUCUCGAGCGAGCACCGCAUGGAGUCUCCCGGUCCAACUCCAGGUGGAGGAGGUGGAGGAAGGAGACGAAGGGAAGGUGAUGGUGGGGAGAGACACGUCAUCCAGCCAGCUCCUGCUCGUGAAGGCCUUGCACAAGGAGCGACAAGACGGAGGGUGGAGGCGGUUCCUGCAGCAGGGUCUGUCGCUCCUGCCCGGCCCCGACGAUCAUCGGGUUCCGUCUUCUGCUCACAUCCUCACGCCCGUCCAAGUCGUGGCCGACCUGCCUCGUCCGCUUCUCCUUUAUCCUUACGCCGGAAUCAAUCUUAAAAGAUACUUGCAGGAGCUGGGCGCGAGUGGAGCCGAAGGAGAAGAGAUCCUGUCGGUGGAGCAGAUGACCCGAAUCGGGAAGGAAGUGGCGGCGGCCCUGGUCUACAUCCACGACGCCCUGGACCGGGUGCACGGAGACCUGGCAGCGAGGAACUGCUACGUGGACGUGGGAGCGGGGACGGUCAGGGUGUGCGACGCCGCGCUAGCAUCCUCGCUCUUCCCGUUGGACUACGCGCCCGGGUCGCGGUGGCCGAUGAGGUGGAUGGCACCCGAGUGCCUGGCCGCCGGGUCCAGGGUCCCGGGGACGUGGGAGCAGUCGAGGACCAGCGAUGUCUGGUCCUAUGGGGUGUUCCUCUGGGAGGUGGUCACUUAUGGCGGAAGACCCUACGAGGAACUCGGAGACUCUGACAUCUUCACCUACCUGGAGCGGGGAUUCCGGCUCGCCAAGCCCCCAGAUGCAUCUCUGCACAUGUAA